AUGGUUCCUCGGAGCCACAAAGAUCACCAAACCAGCUCAAGUCUUGCUGCUGUUUUCAGGAUUGCAACCACCAGACUUGAAAACCCUCGAUUUGAAGCUGGUUCAUGUGUUAGCACAAACGAAAAGGCUACAUUGUUGAGUCGAUCUUUUAAGGAGACUCCGAUUGAGACCACGGCAGUCCUUCAAGAAGUGGGUCCAGCAUUUGUGGGUACAACCGUUCAUGGUGCUAGGCCAGGCAAUUCGAUGGAGCAUCUGUCUGAAGCUCCUGGAGGUGAUCGGACUAAUGAUCAAACUGGCCAGCCAUCAACUGAUCAAUAUAAGCGAAAAAGGAAACGGGCAAAUGAUAAGAAAUACCGUGAUAAGAAGAAGCAAAGGACAGCAGAAACUGAGAUCGAGUUGGAAAUGCUUAAACCAAAAUUUGCUGAACUUGAGGCUGAGGUGCAGAAAAGCAAGGCUGAGUUGAAAAUAUAUCAGAGAGAGUUGGAAACGUCUAAAGCAAAAUGUGCUGAGUUGGAGAAAAGCAAUGUUGAAUUGAAAAUAUGGCGGGACCUAAAUGUGCAAAUGGCUGAAAAACAUACUGCUAUGAUAUCCAACAUACUUCCACAAAUUUUGCAACGGGAAGUACGUGAAAGAACUUCGGACAACACACCUGCAGGCAUUGGAGAGGCGGCACUGACUGCGUAUCACACACCAUUUUACCAGUCUGGGAUAGUUCCAAGGUUAGAUGGCUCGACCGUGAGAGAGUCAUUCGGGAUGCAUCAAUCUCGAGUCCUUCAAGCAUGGGAACAUUCGCAACCUUUGGACAACACUUCUGCCAUUAGAGAGGUGGCGCUGCCUGUUUACCACGCACCAGUUCACGAGUUUGGGAUACCUAUUAGGUCAGGUAGCUUGACCAUGACAGACUCACUUGGGAUCUGUCAAUCUGGAGCCCCUCAAAGAUGGGCACGUGGGAACAGCAGUGAGUUGUCUACCCCAACUCACGACCUAACUAUUGAUGACUACCUCGCGAAUGAUAAUGGAGAAAUACCAGGGUUGAAGCACCAGUGA